UAUUUUCAAUAAUUUACUUUAAAAUCAGGAACAUGAAUUUAUUUGCACUCAUUAACUAGUAUUAUUUAAUAACUAAUCACAUGGCAGAAGGAGGCAUUUCACUUCGAGCAUACCUCAAGUUUCGAAAGUAGAGGAAUGUUUCGAAUUCUCCUAAACAGAACAAUAAACACGUCAAAUCUGCAGAUUUAAUUUGAUAAAUACUACAGAUAUAAAAUCAAGAGUUUUCAGAAAGGAAAAGUUUUCUUUUUUCACAGUAAAAGGUAAAUUUUUCGACAUGUCUCAGCGAUUAAGUGAAAACGAUCCGCAUUCUUAUUCCAAUCCCGAAGAUGCUGUAAUAACUGAUAUAUUUCUUAAACUUGAAGUUGAUUUUAAUAAGCAUAUAUUAUCUGGUUAUGUAGAUUUAACUGUUGAGAAGAAAAAUCCGAAGGCGGAUUUGUUUUUGGACACCAAAGAUCUUAUCAUACAUAAUGUGAAGAAUAAAAGCAAUCAUAACAAGCUAUCCUUCAUUUUAAGUGAGGAAAAGCACGAAGUUUUUGGCAGUAGAUUGGAAAUAAAAUUACCGAAAAGAUCAACAGCCAAGAAUGUUUUCAUUCGAAUUGAUUAUGAAACAUCGCCUCAAGCAAGUGCUCUUCAAUGGCUUGAGCCCAGUCAGACUGCUGGUAAAAAGCAUCCAUAUGUUUUUAGCUUGUGUCAAGCAAUCCAUGCUCGAUCCAUUCUUCCAUGUCAAGACACGCCUAGUGUCAAAGCACCCUAUUCUGCUACACUAACUACACCCUAUGAGCUCAUUGCAUUAAUGAGUGCUUUACGUGAUGGUGAAGAAAUGGAUUCUGAUCCCUUAGAGAAAAACUAUAAAUUUGUCCAAAAAAUUCCCAUUCCAAGUUAUUUAAUCACCCUUGCUGUUGGAGCCUUGGAAAGUAGACAAAUUGGUCCUCGUUCUCAUGUUUGGGCCGAAGCGGAAUUCGUCGAAAAGGCAGCCGAGGAGUUUGCAGACACCGAAAAAAUGUUAUCUUGUGCCGAGGAACUCAUUGGAGAAUAUGUGUGGGAGGUAUACGAUUUAUUGGUACUACCUCCAUCAUUUGCAUAUGGGGGUAUGGAAAAUCCAUGUUUAACAUUUGUUACACCCACCAUUAUAACUGGAGAUAAGUCGCUGGUCAGUGUUAUUGCUCAUGAAAUUGCACAUAGCUGGUCUGGCAAUUUAGUGACCAAUAAGAACUUUGAACAUUUUUGGUUAAAUGAAGGAUUUACAAUGUUUUUUGAAAGAAAAAUUAUAGCUAAGCUCCAUGGUGAGAAAAAACGCCAUUUUGAUGCCAUUGAUGGUUGGAAUGAUCUUGAUUAUAUAGUGAAAAAGUUAGGUGAGACUGAUCCAUUAACUAAAUUGGUGCCAGACUUAACGGAUGUGGAUCCAGAUGAAGGUUGUAAUCCUAUACCUUAUGAAAAAGGUCACACAUUUCUUUUCUAUUUGGAAACUCUUUUAGGAUCUAAACCGUUUGAAGAAUUCUUGAGAAACUAUAUUAAAGACCAUAAGUUUCAAUCUAUCGAUACUGAUACUUGGAAAAAUUAUCUAUUGAAACAUUUUUCAGACAAAAAAGAUGUUCUUAACCAAGUGGAUUGGGACACAUGGUUAUAUUCCCCAGGUAUGCCCCCUGUAAAACCAGACUAUGAUGAGACCCUUGCCAAAGAGUGUAUUGAUUUGUGUAAUGCAUGGGUCAAAGCAGACGAGAACGACCUCGGUCAAUUCGGUUCGAAGGAUAUCAAAAGUUUUGUUUCCGAUCAAAUUGUUACAUUUCUAUCAUUCAUAUUAAAAGAGGAUCCUUUAUCUACUAAGAAAAUUGAGAAGUUAAAUGAGCUUUAUAAUUUAAGUGAGACAAAAAAUUGUGAAAUUGAAUUCAGAUGGAUUCGUCUGUGCUUAUUAGCUCGCUGGAAAGAUAUAAUCCCGACAGCUUUAGAUUUUGUCGUUAAAUAUGGCCGUUUAAAGUAUAUUAAGCCGAUAUACGUAGAACUUUAUCGAUGGGAGGAAACGCGUGAAGCUGCUCUCUCUACGUAUAAAGAACAUUCUUCUGAAAUGAUGGUUAUGAGUGCUUCUGCAAUUGCUAAAGAACUUAAAGUGAACCAAUAAUUUAUUGACUCUGAACCAUGGGAUUCAAAUCAAUGUUAAUUGCUUUAUUGUAAAUCAGAAUGUUUAACUAUCGAAUUAAGACUUAUUUUAAUGGUUGAAAUAAAUAAUUAAAACAAGGAGAACUGUGAUUAGAACAUUAAUUUCAACAAGCAUCAAGAAUUUAUGAGUAAAAAAAAAUUUUCAAUUAACAUUAGAAAGAAAGAAAAAAAAUUACAUUCCUACAAUAUUUUGAUUCCUAUGAAGAUACUUUCAAUUAUAGCACGAGUGGUAAACCUAUAUAAAUAAGCGUGCCAGUUAAAUAACAGUGUCCAACGUGCAACUUAUUAAGUUUCUUUUUAAAAUCCCAUUUGUUUGUCGUUACUUUGAUUUCAACAUUUAAUUACAUAUUGUAGCUAUAUCUACUGUUUGGUUUUGAUCUUUACUUUAAAUAUGAGAUUUGGCUGUUUCUUAUUGAUAAUACAGAAUUCAUUGAUUAAAAUGUCUGUUCUCUA